GGGUUGCCAUAUCAUAACCUGUCAUUAUCCAAGUGAAACUAUUUUGUUUGGAAUGACUAAUCUGUAGGACUUUCGAAACGAAAUAAAACGUAUAGGUAGGUAAAAACCUCAAGCAAGGAAUAAAUGGAACAACAUCCUGUUUUUUUGUGUGGGCAUGACAAAGGAAAGGAACAAAGAGUUACUUUUACUAACUUAAAACAAGUUGGUAUUGGUAUUGACGUUUGAGUUUGAAGAUGCGAGAAAUCAUGUGGAUCUGUGUUAAUCUGUGUGGAACCAGGUGGAACUCAUGAACAUAACAUUUGAGGUCACGACAGACUUGUCAUUCUAGCCUGCAAAGUGCAAAGAAAGAUACAAAAUACAAGAGAAAUGUAAUUUAUUCUUUUAAACGAAAAACGCAUAUGUCAUCGUUUUGUAUUAUUGGUAUUAAUGGUCAUUUUCCAAUACCAAAGAACAUUCUUAAACUAGUUUAAAAAUGACCUCAUUUAUUUGGGAUUGCAUGUUUACUGGUAAACUUUUUAAAUACACAACAAGCGAUUCUGUAGAGACACCUUAUCAACCCAGUGUCAUAGAAAGUUAUAGUGAUCAUGUCAUAAAUUGGUUUUACAUUUUUUUGGAAUACGGCACAUAUACGUCACCUGUGAUAGUGGGAUUUUUGUACCGAAGUGGGUACUUCGAACCAGAAGGAUUACUAACACUUUCUAAAGCAGCCACCACGGUUGGGUUAAUACUUGUUGCCUCUUAUUGCCUGAGAGGGUAUGCAAGAGCUAAUAAUGGCAAUUAUGUGAAAUUUUUAUCUACUUUGAAAAAGACACAAAAAAACCUAACUGUAAAUGCAAAACAAGAGCUCAUGAAGUACGAUUUUGAAUUCAAGUCCUGGCCUGUUGAAUAUAAGUGUACUCAGGAUGCCAGGGAAGUGGGUAGGCGUAUUCCUAAAAAACCAUCCUAUACUAGUUUUCUACAAUUUAUUUGGCAGGUACCUUACAAAAUUAUGGCUUAUCUUGCCAUACAUACAUUUGGAAUCAGGUUAAUUUAUCCUGGUAUUGUUGGUUUCCUGCAAAUGCUUUUAGACCAAGGUCUACGUCAAGGAAGAUCAAAGCUUAUAGAACACUAUCGUGGCGAAAGGUUCAAGAUUGAAACUGCUGAUAAAAACUACAUAGACACUAUGUUCGUCGACAAAAGGAAUGCUUCACCUAAUGGAAAUACAUUGGUCGUUUGCUGUGAGGGUAAUGCAGGUUUUUAUGAAAUUGGUAUUAUGACCACACCGCUUGAGGCUGGGUAUUCUACUUUAGGAUGGAACCAUCCUGGAUUUGCCGGUAGCACGGGCCGUCCAUAUCCACCACAAGAGCAAAACGCUAUACAUGCUGUUAUGCAAUUUGCUGAAAAUAAAUUAGGUUUUAAAAGAGAAGAUAUUAUAAUAUUCGGAUGGAGUAUCGGCGGAUACUCAGCUUCUUGGGCUGCAAUGAGUUACCCCGAAGUAAAGGGCAUAAUAUUGGAUGCUACUUUUGAUGAUGUGUUACCUCUAGCUUGUAAUAUAAUGCCUUCUUGGUUGGAACCAAUUGUUAAGAUCGCUAUAAGAGAUCACAUUGAUCUCAAUAUAGGUGAACAACUGAUCAGAUACAAUGGUCCAAUAUUAUUAGUAAGGAGGGCCGAGGAUGAAGUGAUAUGUACAAGACCAAAUGACAUUUCAAGUAACCGAAUCAAUGACUUACUGAUGAAAGUUCUGAGUCACCGGUUUCCUUGCAUUUUUGAUAAUCUCAGAUUGAGGCUGUUGCUUGAAUACUUGUCUGGUGCUCAGGCUGACCAAGAAGAGUAUGUAGUACAAUUCAACAUAGAUGAUAGAUUGUGUUACUCUAAAUUGCAAUCUUAUAUGUCAGAUAAUUCUAAAAAUUAUCCCAUGAGGAUUGGCGAAGAUUGGAAUGAUUCUGAGAAAGUUAAAAUGGCUCUAUUUUUGGCUAAAAAUUACAUGAUUGAGUACAAAGCAACUCACUGUGUUCCCCUACCCCCAGACGUUUUCAGAAAGCCGUGGGACGUGGCAGUAGAAAACGAUUUCGUACAUUUAUGAAUAUCUUUUUAUUAGAAUAAGUGUCGUUAUUCCAUAAAUUUUGACAAAUAUGUUUAUUGUUUGAAAGAGUAAUUUCAGGUAAAGUUAACUUUAAAAGUUGAAGUGUAAACAUGUUUAUAUUUUUAAAUGAUAAAAAAUAUAAUUUCAAUAAAGGUGAUAGAUACU